GCAACGGGCAGCGCAUGCCAUUCCAAUCCAAAGCUUCAGCUCCUUCCUCGUGCUUUCGGCCGCCCAAGUCCAACGUCCGCAUACAUCCAGCUGGCUGUCUGGAUCAAUUUGACCGCUCUCUCCAUUCACAUCCCUCAAGUUGUUAUUAUUGUUCUCAUCCCUCACCUCCCUGCUUUGGUUGAUUCUUCUUUUCUAUUGUUAUUCCUCCCCCAUCGCCCGGUUGCCCCUCACCGUCCUACCCCACCAUCCUCAUGGCAGCGGCGACGGCAUCAGCUCCUAGGGAGCGAAGGCCUUCCCUCGGUGCUCCAAUUUCCACCUUGCAAGGCCCUGUCGGACCGAGCUUUUCACGUCCCAAGCACAAGCGUACCGCUACAGGGUUUGGUGCCGGUGACAUCAAAGCUGUCGAGUCCAGCAUUCCUGAGCACAUGCGAGAAGCUUGGAGGAAAUACUCCCCCCAAGGCUUCAAGACCAAAGACGAGUUCGAGGGAGAAGUCGUCCGGCAUAUCGAAACUACCCUCGCAAGAUCCCUCUUCAACUGUGACGAGCUCGCGGCAUACUCCGGCACCUCAUUGGCCUUCCGUGACCGUCUGAUCAUUGACUGGAACAAGACACAGCAAAGACAAACUUUUGCUGAUCAAAAGAGAAUCUAUUACCUUUCCCUCGAAUUCUUGAUGGGAAGAGCUCUCGACAAUGCCAUGCUAAACGUGGGCCUGAAAGGAGUCGCAAAAGAGGGCCUGGAGGAUCUUGGCUUCCGUGUCGAGGAUAUCAUCAGCCAGGAACACGAUGCUGCACUGGGGAAUGGCGGCCUUGGUAGACUUGCCGCUUGCUUCUUGGACAGCCUCGCCUCGCUGAACUACCCCGCUUGGGGUUACGGAUUGCGGUACCGGUAUGGUAUUUUCAAGCAAGAGAUUGAGAACGGAUAUCAGGUCGAGAUCCCCGAUUACUGGUUGGACUUCAACCCUUGGGAGUUCCCCCGCCACGAUGUGACGGUGGACGUCCAAUUUUAUGGUUGGGUCAACAAGUACACCGAUGACGAGGGCAAGCAGGUCGUGUCUUGGCAGGAUGGGGAGUUGGUCACCGCUACGGCGUAUGAUGCUCCUGUUCCAGGUUAUGGCACGCCCACCGUGAACAACCUACGAUUGUGGUCCAGCAAGGCUUCCAGCGGUGAAUUCGACUUCUCCAAGUUCAACUCGGGAGAGUAUGAAAGUGCUGUGGCCGACCAACAAAGAGCCGAGACCAUCUCAGCUGUACUAUACCCCAAUGACAACCUCGAACGAGGAAAGGAGCUGCGGUUGAAGCAGCAAUAUUUCUGGUGUGCGGCGUCUCUGCACGACAUCGUGCGUCGUUUCAAGAAGACCGGUCGCACGUGGGACGAGUUCCCCGACCAGGUGGCCAUCCAACUCAACGAUACUCAUCCCACCCUGGCCAUCGUGGAGCUACAGCGAAUUUUGAUUGACAAGGAAGGUUUGGAAUGGCCCAAAGCAUGGGACAUUGUGACCAAGACCUUUGGCUACACCAACCAUACGGUUCUGCCAGAGGCUUUGGAGAAAUGGUCGGUCCCUCUGAUUCAGAACCUAUUGCCCCGACAUCUUCAAUUAAUCUACGAGAUCAACCUGUAUUUCCUUCAGCAGGUGGAGCGCCGAUUUCCCAAGGACCGGGAUCUACUCUCGCGAGUUUCCAUCAUUGAAGAGUCGACUCCCAAGAUGGUUCGUAUGGCAUACUUGGCGAUUGUGGGGUCUCACAAAGUCAAUGGUGUGGCCGAAUUGCAUUCGGAUCUCAUCAAGACGACAAUCUUCAAGGAUUUUGUCACGGUGUAUGGACCGGACAAGUUUACCAACGUGACCAACGGCAUCACCCCGCGCCGAUGGCUCCACCAGGCGAAUCCUCGACUGUCGGAGCUGAUUGCGUCCAAGCUAGGGGGUUACGAUUUCUUGAAAGACCUGACGUUGUUGAACAAGCUUGAGCCCUUUAUUGACGACAAAGACUUCAAGAAGGAAUGGGCCGAGAUCAAGUAUGCCAACAAAGUACGCCUGGCCCAGCACAUCCUCAAGACCACCGGGGUCAGUGUGAAUCCCAAGGCGCUCUUUGACGUACAAGUGAAGCGGAUCCACGAAUACAAGCGACAACAGCUCAACAUUUUUGGGGUGAUUCACCGAUACAUCACGCUGAAGGGACUCAGUGCAGAGGAGCGCAAGAAGGUGGCCCCGCGGGUGUCAAUUUUCGGAGGUAAGGCGGCGCCAGGCUACUGGAUGGCCAAGACGAUUAUUCACCUGAUCAACAAGGUGGGCGAAGUGAUCAACAACGAUCCAGAGAUUGGUGAUGCGUUGAAGGUGAUUUUCCUCGAGGACUACAACGUCAGCAAGGCGGAGAUCAUCGUACCAGCUUCUGACAUCAGCGAGCACAUCUCGACAGCGGGAACGGAAGCGUCCGGGACGAGCAACAUGAAGUUUGUCCUCAACGGUGGAUUGGUGAUUGGAACCUUGGAUGGGGCCAACAUUGAAAUCACACGGGAGAUUGGAGAACAAAACAUCUUCUUGUUUGGCAACCUUUCGGAGGACGUGGAGGAUCUGAGGCACCACCAUUUCUACGGCAACUAUCAAGUGGACUCUGAGUUGCAAAAGGUGUUUGAUUUGAUCAAGUCUGGCAAGUUUGGGGACGAGAGCGCGUUUGGAGCGUUGAUCGCAGCGAUUACAGAACACGGCGAUUAUUAUCUUGUGAGCGACGACUUCGAUAGCUACCGCAAAACACAAGAUUUGAUCGAUGAGACAUUCAAGAACCAAGAGGAAUGGGUUACCAAAUCGAUCACAAGCGUAGCCCGGAUGGGCUUUUUCACCUCAGACCGUUGCAUCAAUGAAUAUGCCGAUACCAUCUGGAACAUUGAACCUCUUGCGGUUGCGGACGAGAAGGAGGCCCGGACCCGAGCAGGGCUGGAGACGUAGAGACCAAGACAGUCAUGAUUGUAGGAGUGUGCACAUGGUGGAAGCUUGGUUCAUUGAGCACAAGGGGAACCGGGCUAGAACGGCGGAGGGAACCAAGAAGGCAUUAUGCAUCUUUCCUACGUAGAAAUCGAGAAUUGAAACACAGAUCCUGUCUUUUUCUG